ACUCACAUGUGGCCUAAGCGCGCCGUUGCUGUGCCGCGUUAGCAACAACUGGGUUAUGUGGAGCUGGCUUCCCAACUGAAACCUCACAUCAAAAUAAAUAUUACACCGCUACAAGCGCUUUGUACACGGCUAAACCUGAGCCAACAUGCCUCCGAAGAAACCCGCUCCGGCCGCGGGAAGUAAAAAAACUCAAGAGAAGAAAAAGGAAAAGAUAAUUGAGGACAAGACAUUUGGCUUGAAGAACAAGAAAGGAGCCAAACAACAGAAGUUCAUCAAGAACGUUACUCACCAAGUCAAAUAUGGACAACAAAGUGCCAGACAGACUGAGGCAGACAAGACCAACAAGAAGUCUGAUAAGAAGAAAGAGUUGGAUGAACUGAAUGAGCUGUUCAAACCUGUAGUUGCUGCCCAGAAAGUCAGCAAAGGUGUCGACCCGAAGUCAGUGCUGUGUGCGUUCUUCAAGCAGGGCCAGUGUACUAAAGGUGAUAAGUGCAAGUUCAGCCAUGACUUGUCUAUGGAGCGGAAAUGUGAGAAGAGGAGCGUCUACGUGGAUGAAAGAGAUGAAGACCUGGAGAAAGACACUAUGGAGAACUGGGAUGAGAAGAAACUGGAGGAAGUGGUCAACAAAAAACACGGAGAGGCCGAGAAGAAGAAAGCCAAAACACAGAUCGUGUGUAAGUACUUCCUGGAGGCCAUAGAGAAUAAUAAAUACGGCUGGUUCUGGGUGUGUCCAGGAGGGGGCGAUAACUGCAUGUACCGGCAUGCUCUGCCGCCCGGCUUUGUACUGAAAAAAGACAAGAAGAAGGAGGAGAAAGAGGAGGAGAUCUCGUUGGAGGAACUGAUAGAGAGCGAGCGUGCAGCUCUGGGUAUCAACGUGACUCGGAUCACCCUGGAGACUUUCCUGGCUUGGAAGAAGAGGAAAAGGCAGGAGAAGGUGGAUAAAGCGAGAGAGGAGAUGGAGAAGAAGAAGGCUGACUUUAAGGCUGGAAAAUCGCUAGUGGUGAGCGGCCGUGAGGUGUUUGAGUUCCGUCCAGAGCUGGUCAACGACGACGACGACGAGGCUGAUGACACUCGAUAUGCCAACAAAGAAGAUGAAGACGAAGAGGAAGAGAUUGAUACUACAGAGAUCCAGGACAUAGACUUAUCCCGCUUUGUUCCACAAGAGGUCGACAACACAGGCAUUACUGUAGCGUCCACGGACCGUUUCACUUCAAGGAAUAAGACUCAGCCGACGGGAGCGGACAACGAGGAACAGUCAAACGGAGCUUGCGGCGGCGACGGCGGCGCCGAGGCCAACGGGCUGUCGGGCGCCGAGGGAGGCGGGGAGGACGGCGAAGAGGAAGAGGAGGUCCCGGUGGACGAAAACCUGUUCACGGGAGAAGAUCUAGAGGAACUGGACGAGGAACUCAACACACUGGCGCUGGAAGACUGAGAGGGAGCGCGUGAGAAGGGAGGGAGCCGGAGAUGGAAGCUAGGACGGACUAAAGUGACUAAAGGAUGGACUGAUGGAUGCAUGGAGCUAAACAACAAAGACACCCGAUGUUUGAAUGAUUUUAAAAUGACAGAGACUCCAGUAAUAAAGCCUGACUAUAUAAUGACA